AUGUAUCGUGUAUGGCACGUUUCAGAAUUAUUAUUUGUGACAGCCCUUAAUCCACAGCAAAAUCUCGUUCUGUUGCGAAAUCGAGACGUGUCCCGGGCCGGUAUUUUUGCGGGUAAAGUCGACGUGGGCGUCCACUAUGGAGGGGGGUAGCGAUAAGACAUGCACACACUGGCUGUUCCGUAUACGUGUAACGUGAAAAAUGUAAUUUUUAUUUUUUUUCGAAUGGAUAUAAGGUCUUGUAGAUACUGUGUAUACAAUAAUCAUGCAUAAUUCAUCGUUUCGCCAACACCUUCUGAUGUAUUUUCUUUGAUGGACACCCCUCGAUAAUUAUUGUGCACUGGUGUGUGCAUCAGCGCGUCCGUAUCCGUGAAAUAUUUCAUGUCAUUAUAAAUGUGCAAACGUCAACAAAAUAAAUUAAACAAAUUAUUACGCAGUUGUAUUAUCAUUAUUAUUACGUCGCCGGACGAACCGGAUAAAAUUUCGCAGACACGCGAUUAAUGAAAACCAAUAAUUUAAAAGCCUUACAGCAGAGAUAUUAUAAUCGAAACGUUGUUUGAAUUACCCGUGUACAACUGUUUUGACCUAUACCGAUACAAAAUCGUUUGCGCGGGGAAUAAUAUCGUCGUCGGUAUAUAUAUAAAAAAAAAGGAAGAAAUAGAGAUGGACAUAAUUCUCACGAUGGGCGGCGGGCCACUGUUGUAGGUGAUAAGUCGGUAAGGUAGGAUAUAGAUGGAAAUUCAAUAAAUAUCUGUAUGCAAAAAUUAAUCAUUAAACAAUUCUGAGCGGAGUUCGGUUAUCCGUUUUAAAAGACUCUAAUAUUUACGAUUUUCGUUAAAAUUUGCAAUUAAAAUUCUUACAAAAAAAAAAAAAAAACAUUAACAUUAAACUCAACUCUUUCUUGUUGACCACUAUAGGUACGAUUUUUAAGGAUUUUUAUUGGAUGCUACGAUUUUAUUCACGGUGUACAUACCGAUUACAAAUUACGUGAACAACUCGCAAAAUUAAACAUUUUACGGCAUCUAGAAAGGGCAAAUACACAAGUUUUAUGUCGAUAUUUAAAGUCUCUUCGAGAAUUUUUAACUGAAUUACAACUAAAAUACAAAAUUGAAAAUAAUAAAACCAUUAUUUUCCUUCCUUUUAACCGCUUUUUGGCAACUAUUAUGAAAACUACUUCCCGGUAAUAUUUAAUACUACUGCAUGAUAGUCGAAAAACUAUAGAUAAUUCGAACAGUUUGUGUUCCGAAUAUAGGCGGCUAAUGACGAACGAUUUGUAUAAUCAAUUGUUUAAUCGGCUUGUGCAUCCCAUAAUUUAACCUAAUCAUUUUUUUAGUAAUACAAUUUUAAAAUAAUAUUAUAAUACACACUUGUAUUAUGUAUAUUAUGCAUAAUAAUUAAAAACUGUAAUACGUACAUACAUUUUAAAAACGCCAAGUGUAAUGUUUUCCCUAAAACCUCGAAACUCGAAAUCUUUAGUAAGUCGAAAACCUCGAUAGGUCGAAAAACUUGCAGUUUCCUUGAAUUUUGACUUAUCGAGGUUUCGUUGUAUUCAUAGUAUUUGUAACAUUGAUAUGAAUUGUGAAAUGUUAUAAAAUUUAACUUGUGUAUAAUUUUUCUAGCUUGUCAAAAUUCUUUUCUUGUUGUAUCAGAGGAAAUGACGACGUCGAAGAUUCUUGGGAAUUGAAUCGUAAGUAUACUCACAUAAGACAUUUAUCUAUCGUAUCCGCUAAUAUACUAAUCACUUGUAAAUACGCAAUUAAACCGAAUCAAAAAAUAUUAAGUAUAAAAUUAAUUUUAAAUAGAUCUUUGCGUAGGCGCCACGUACACAUGUUAAACAUUUUGAGAGAUGCUAGACGUCUGUCAUAAACAUUUAAUUUUUAUUAUUUAAAUCAAUAAGUAUUUAUUAUUUUACAGUAAAAUGACUUUUGAAAUAAAUUUGAACGUGAAAAUCGUCGGUAUAUACAAAAAAAAAAAAAAUCAUAGUAAAUUUUUAUUGUCAUUUAUGAUAAUAUUUUGUAUAUUAUGUUGUUUGAUAUUUUACGUGGCUUGUUUUUUUUUGGGGGGGGGACACCCCAUGGAAUUGAGAAAACCCCGUGCUCAUGGUUUCUUGACAUUUUCAACAUUCUGAAUUCCUAUAUAAUAAUUCUAUUUUUUUCUGAUAAAAAAAAAAAAAUUAAUAAAAUUUCGUCUGGCCCGUAAAUCGAACCCUAUAUAGUCUCUUGGCAACGUAUAUUAUGAUGUUAACAUGUAACUAGGUUCUGGUUCUUACGAUUAUUUUCGCUGGAUUAGAACGGUAUUUACGGGCCAUUUGGGAAGUUGCCAUACAUGCAUGGUUGAUGGGUCGAUGUGGCGCUCGGGGGCUUUGUCGCAAGACCCUACUGCUAGUAUAUUUUUAUUAAAUACUAUUAUUAUUAUAAAUAAUCACCAAAAACAAAGGACAAGUUAUACGUAUUAUAAAAGUAAAAAAAAAAAAAAAAUCUUAUACUGAACGGGUGUGCCACUGUUAUGGAUGAGAAUCGAUUAAAAGGAUAGAAUAAAGUUAUUUAAUUUAUAUCUGAUCGACUCUUAUAGCGAAUCUCAGUUAAACAUGUUUUGGAAUGCCGUUAUGUUUAUGAUUUUCGUUUUGAACUUCAACAAUUAUAAAAAAAUAAUCCGCAUUACGCUAAACUUUUUUUUUUUUUUUUACCACUAAUUGGUAGUGCACGAAGUGCUACUAACGAACCUCAUUUUAAGUAUUCAAGAAUUUUUGUUCGACUAAACAAUUUUACCCACAUAAUACCAAAUCAAAAUCAAAAAAACUCGAACAUGACUUUAAAUAGCUAAAAAAUCACAAGAUUGUUUGAAAAUCGAUAAAACGAUAUAUUUUGUAAAAAUUGCAGGUCUCUACGAUCGAUUAUUUUUAACCAAACUACAACAAUAAAUUAAAUCGAAAAUAAUAAUACAGUAUGUACCCGUAUUGUAUAUUUUGACUUAUUACUUAGUACUUUUUAGACGCAGUAAAGUUUUCAAACAAUUCUGGUAAUUUUUGAGCCUUUUUUAGCAAUUUAAAAUCGCCGAGUUUUUCGGUUUUUAUUUGGCUUUUAUAUGUAGAUAAAAUUGUUUUGGCCUGAAAGAAUUUUUGAUUAUUUAACACGAGGUUCAUAAUAAAGUGUAUUUAGUGGCAAACAAAAAAUUAAAUGAAUGUAGUAGGUAGUUUUGUAUAGGCGGUUUUAAGUUCAAAUUUAAAAAAAAAGUCAAUUAUGACGUUAUGACCAAUUAUGGCGUUUCAAAACAUGUGUAACUGAACUUCUCUCAGAAUCAUUUUUAUUAGACAUGGAUUACCGUUUAGUACAGGUAUAAAUUGCGUUAUGUAUUUCAUCAUCCUAACUUACUGCCUAAAACAAUGGUACACCCGCAAACAAUCUACGCAUUAUCAGCUAUUUUUUUGUACUAAAAUAAUUCCGAAAUUGUCUGAUUUUUAUUGGCAAGCUAAUGAAAAUGAGAUUUAUGUUAAUUACGUCAUAAAAUUUGCUUAGUUUCAAUAAUCAAUAUAAGACUAAAGAAAAUCAAUUCACCAACUAGACAAAAUCAAAAAUAUACUAGAUAAACAUAAUUUUUUUUUACGAUAAUGUCUGCGUGUUUCAGAAAUUGAUUUUGAGGGUUCGAAUUCUGAAACACCAAAACAAAGAACAACAAAUGGACUGUCUGAAGAGCGCUACGACCCUCCAACGAGCUCCAAAACCGUGAAUGUGAGUAUAUGGAAUAUUGAUGUUUUUACCAGCGGUGAAUCAAACGGGGUGUUUCGAAUCGAGGGGAAGAAAAACACGGUACAAAAUACUUGUACAUUCGAUGCAUUUUUACAAGUUUUAACGGUGUGUUUUGCGGCUUACAUAACAGCCGGCAAUACAUUUAAAAAAUGGGUAGAAAAAAAACAUGAACGGGGAAUCAUCAAUGUGGGACACGGUCGGUUUGAUAAAAUAACAACUUUAUCACGGAAACGGUAGUAUCACCCAGAGACAAAGAUUGCUGUUCUUAUUAGAACACAUUAACGGUAAACAAAUAAUAAAAAAAAACAUUAAGAACGUCCGUAUAUCGGAUAGUGGUUCGACCCUUUCGAAUAUGAUACGAAAUGCGCUAGGAUUGAAUUACAUAGAGUUUUGUAAAUCCGCGAAAUGCGCGCCUAUUGCGGAAAUGUCGAAGAGGUUUUAUGCCGAAACCUUAUGGGAGUUGUAAUUCCAGUAAAUGAUGUGACCCGAUUAAAUGCGUUUAUUCCAGACCGGUAUCCAAACGUUUUCCAAAACCAUUAUAAUUUGUAGUGUCAAUUAUGCCUAGCUAAAGCACAUUGAAUAGAAUUGAUUAUUUACUCAAACUAAACGUUAUUAUAUCUAAGCGUAUUGUAACUCUAACGUGUUAAUUUAUCUCUAUCAUAAUGUAUUUAAAUAUUAUUAUGAAUAUUGAUAGUUUAAUUUAGUUGCUUUGUAUCGUAUAAAUAUAUUUUUGUUUGUUAAGGUGCGUAUAGGUAGCAACAUAAGAUACGCUAGACGCCGCAGAGUCGUAACCGAAUACGGCGUUUUCAUUGAUCGCGAGUUAUAAUUUUAACUCUCAAACCAGUGUUAUCAUUUUAUUUUUAUUUUUAAUUUUUUUUUUUUUUAAAUUAUGCGUGCCAAAUACAUUAUCACCGACACAAGAUUACGAGUAGGAAACUAACGAAAAACAUUUUAUCAAAAUAUUAAUUUUUAGAAUACUAUAAACUAUACCUAUUACAAUUUAAACCGUUUUGCAAUAACGACUCGACAUAUAUUGCGACAUUUUGAGUAACGUUCCAAAUAUUCAAUACGUUUGUCUGUAUUCAGUUAAUGUGCCCAGAAAUUUUCAACGAGAAGUCACGUACGUAGUAUAUAAGAGUCAUGAUGCAUAGUCGUAGAAUUUUCGCCUGUUAUGCCUAAAUCAAUAGUGGGAAUUUAAAAUCCAAUUUAUAAUAAGUCAACCUUUUUUCGUUGUAACGUGAUUGAAACAUUUAAUUGUACGAGAUUAAUUUAAUUGUAAUUUACUUGUAUGAUACAGUUACUAAAUAUGUAAUAAUGGUUACUGUAUUUUUAAGCCGAUGGGGGGAGUUGAACCUUAACAUGACCCCAGUUAAAUGUAAUUAAUCUUUUUUAUCAAAAUGUUUCCCCUUCGCCUUGUAGCGUUUGGGGCUUACGAAUUUUCUAAAUUUCCGUGUUAUUUCCAAUAGAAAAGAACAUUUAUAUUGUACACUUAUUAUUAUGAACAUAAUAAUAAACAUUAUUUUCAUAAUUUGUAUUUAUUUUACAAUUAUAUUCUUUGUAAUUUCGCGGAAUCGAUACGAACAUAAAAUAACCGAUUAAAAAGGUUGCGGUUCUUUUAAAUUGAGAUAGUGGAAAUUGGAAUAUGGAUUCCAAUAUAAUGUUUGGUUGCUGAAUUUUCUUUGAGUUCCAAUUCUAGAACCGGUACACCACGUUUUAAAAAUUCAAUUUAAUAAUAAUAAUAUCAAAAAACCGUUGAACCUUAUGCUGAAAGAUCUUUUCACUACGAAAAUGGGGGGGGGGGGAACAAUCGCCAUCGUCAUAACACAUCGUAAAAACAUGUACCUAAUGAUGUAUGCAGAAACAAUUUUACAUAAAAACCGAAAAAGGAAAAAAAAAACACGCUUAUAAAACGAGUAUGCUUUAUUUUACGUAUUAAGAGUAAUAAUUAUAUCUAUACACGUUACCUAUAGAAACUUAGGUAGGUUUGUUGUUACGAAUUUAAUUAUUUUAUACACUUUAAUAUUUCUAGGUUAUAAUUAUUAUUUACUGCCGAAAGAAUUGCAAAACAAUUACUUUCACAUGUAUACAUGAAAAGCCGUUGAAUUCAUUUAAGAAAAUUAGCAUUGGGUCUAGAUUGGGUAUACAUCGUAUACAAAAUUUUUAUACUUUUAUUAAUUUACAACCAUUAAUACACUCAAAUAAGUUCUUACAAGUAAACAGAGAAACGGCAUUUAGAGUUUAUUACUCUCACCCGUUAAUGCAAUUUUAAUUUAUCAAUUUUACUAACGUAGCCACGUUUUUUAUUAGACAUUUUAUAAAAUGAUAAAAGCAAUUUUAACCUCUCUUUUCUCAUAAUUCGCCAAAAUGUAACUGAUAAUUGAAAUUUUAAUGCAAAAUGUAUGUAUAAUAACUAUAAUUUAUUAUUAUAACUUCAAUAACCUAAUCAAUAAUUAUUUUAUUUAUAAGUUAUUUUUAUUACUCUAUUAAUUCUUAAUUAAUUAUCUUAAAUAGGUUAUAACCGACUAAUCGAUUAAAUUUGGCCAUAAUAGUUUAAAAAUUGAGUUCAAUGAAUUUAAUUAUUUUUAAACAAGUUGACCGCUAAAGGGGUUUUCAAUGUGUUACUUAAAUUCACCAUGAAAUCUUAUUAUAAUUCUCAGUCAAUUACUAGAAGUUGGUUCGUGAAGUUUCAAAUAAUAUGUCUAAUUCUAAAGCUAACAACACAAGUUUAGUUCUGUUGAACGAAAAUUUGAUAUGAUGUGGAUCAGGGAGAGAGAGAGAGAGAGAGAAAACAAAUAGUGCGCUGAAAUUAUAUUAAGUGCCUUCUUGUUUAGAAAUUAAUAUUCAAAUAUGCAGACACAUAUUGUUUGUCUUCUCCACUGAGGUAACAUUGUAGAGGGCACCUUUGAUGAUUUUGCAUUCUUGAUAUGGUUAAUGAAAGUGUACAAAUGCAAUAAAUAUUUAACGUUUGAGUGAGCAUGACACCCGUAUGUACUGUCUCUGUCCCACAAACGACUUAGCAAAUUUGCGUUCAGCCAGAACAACUUUGUGGUAUAACAAGUACCUAGUUUUAAUAUUACAGCGAAUUCACCUAUUUUAAAAUUAAAUAUAAUGUUGACAAUGUUAGAUUAUCCGUGCAACGUAGGAACUUUUUUUCAUGAUACUUUAAUUUUUAAAUUAAAUUAAAUUAAAUUAAAAUUAAAAUAAUUGUGAUAUUUUACAUAGCUACUUAACUCAUACUUAACUUUCUAAUGACCUUAUAUAAAUAUAUGUUGUAUUAUAAUGCUGAUCCAACAAAUAACAAUGCCUUACAUUUUCAAUACUCGACGGGUACAUUAAUAUUAUUAAUUGUAUAAGUUAUUGUAUGAUAAAUUUGUUUUCAGUGAGAGAAAAUUUAAAUUAUUUGGUAUAGUUACUUGAUACACUUAGUGUAGCCUUUUUUAAUUAUAAUGAUUAUUUAUUGAUUAUUAUAAAAGGGGGUUCCAUUUUACAUUUUCGAAUUACUUACAGAGCAAUUUACAAAAAAGCGAGUAUACAGUUGUAUAUACAAAAAUUAGUUAAUUACAUACUUGAUAGCAAUACCUAACAAAAUAUUUAGUUUGAAGUUUGAGCAUCAUUUUACGGUGUUUCAUUUAAACAAAUUAAAAAAAUUAAAAAUAACUUUGUAUAAAAACAUUUAGUUUAUUUUUUAGUCAGGUAUCAAAAAUUAAUUAAAAUAGAUAAAAAGAUAAUUAAGAUUAACUAAAAUAAUAAUAACAAAAAGUAACCCAUCGUUAAAAAAAAAAAAUAAAAAAAUAAACCAAUUUUCGUUCUAAUGAUAUAUUAUCACAAACGCCGUGCUACCUCCUUUAAGGGCUAAACUUUAAGAUAAGACGUACGCAGCUAUUUACUUCUAGUUUUUAAUUGUAAGUGUCGCGAUGUUUCAUCAAGAUCGAAAUUAAACUAUAAAUUUGUACAGCAAACAGAGAGUGGUAAAUAGGCAUGCGGGCAGGACAGACAAGACUAGUUGCAAACUCUGCAAACAAAAUUGGAAAAGAAACUAUUAUAAUAUACUGUUAUAAAUAUCGAUAUUGUUUUUGAAAUAUUGUUAUAGUGUCUAAAAUUUCAACAUCGACCCUUUUUGCGUUCAGUAAUCGAUGCCAUAUAUCAAUUCUGCGUUGUAAAAAUAAACCCCGUAUUUUUGGCGUUGUAAAUUAGGUACUUAUUUUACGUACUAUCCGUUACUCCGAUAGGCACAUCUACCGACGGAGCAUAAAAAAAUAUCGUAUACUCGUGUAAUGCUACUCUUUCGGUAUUACCGGUGAUAUAUUAUUAAACAUUUGGAAAGACUAUAUUCCCUCACUGUUACUUUCCGCGGUUGCCCCUCAUGUAUGAUUCAUAUUUACCUCCAUGCACAGAUCAAAACGAUUCGAAUAUAUAUCUACACUUUCGGUUCAAAAGUAUAUGUAUGUAAGUUUGCCGGUGUGUCAAAGUGAAAUAAAAUUAAGAAGUAGCGACGAAUCGGCAUUCCGGAAAAUUUUUGAACCCUACUUGUUACGAUAUCGAAUUCGUUUGAAAAAGUAUCGCCAAUCGGAUUCGUACACCUAAUACUUUCGAUGCCCGUGGGAUUUCGGAAUACUAUACUAGGUAUAUAUUAUAGAUUCAUUGGAAAUGAUCACAGCCGCACCGUUAAAAAUAAAAUAUAUUUUUAUAUUUUAAAAACAGCAAGGGCUAAGACGUCAACGUGACAUUUAUUGAACAUGAUGGAAACCUCGCGUCGGAAAAUCAUAUAAUAUUAAAACGAGUACAAAUAUUAAAAGAACACUGAUCUAGUUGUUUAUCUAGGGAUUUAAAAACCUAUCCGUAGGUCGUAGGGUUAGAAAUGAAUUUACAAAAAAAGUUACGGGAAGUGUUUUAAUUAUGUAUAUAAAAAAAAACUCGUUAUAUUAUUCCAUUAAAUUUAGAUGCAUCGCUAACAUCCCAACACUAUAAAAUUAUACUAACGAAUGUACAACAAAAUUGAAUCCGUUUUCAUUAAAAGUGUCGAAAAAAUGUAUAGUAUUCCUACAUUCUGUGCUCAAUUUGAAGUAAAUAUACUUCAAAUUAAACAUUUUACUUUUAGGUACGUGUUCUAUUUAAUUUUUUUUGUGUCUUUUGUUAAUAACUUUUCAGUCAGAAACCUUGCUCGGAAUAUUAACUUCUAAGCAGGUUUUUAGUAUCAAAAUUUGUCUAGUUGGUACAUUAAAAUGUCGUUGUAAAAUGUUUGAUCUAUAUUAAAAAGAGGAUUGUUUUUUGAUCUCUUUAAUUUUAGUAAUAAAUGGGAAAAACUGGCAAUUGUAUGUAUAUUUUUUAUUGAUUUCUGUGUUACCCUUGAAACAAAGUAAAAUAUGAGACUAAUAAUACUCUGCUUAGAAUCGUUUAUAAUGUUACAUGGUUUGUUAUUGCAUACAGAGAUAAACUAGAUAAUAACCUAUAAUCUAUAGAUUAAUAGAUUAGAUACUAAGAUUAGAUUAUUCUAUAACAGUUACAUACCUAUCAGCAGUAUUAGAUUUUUUAUUUAAAAAUACUCAUAUUUUAGUUACUUUUGGUAAUAAUAUAAUAUGUAACAUUACUAAAAACCUCUUAAAAAUGCCAAAAAACCAUUAAAAUAAGAACUUAAAAAAUAUUUUAGAAUGCAAAAACGGUAAAGGGGUUUAUAAUAAGCCCCCCUUUAAUGGCUUUAAAUUAUAAAACAAAAUUGUAUAACACUAAAAAAUAGUAUUUAAUAAAUUACAAGUGGUUUGAAGAGAAACUUUUAAACCCUUUUACUAUUUUUGCUUUUUAAAAUAUUUUUUAAGUGGUUUUUUUCAGGUCUUUUAAAUAUUUUUAAACACUUUUUUUUAUGGACUUUAAGUGUAUAUAAAUUCGUGCCCUAAUUGUUAUUAUUAUUAAAAUAAUGAUAAGAAUAAUAGUUUUUAAUAUUUCAUUGUCAACUAAAUCAACUCUCUUGACUGUGGGUUCUAUGUCAAAAUACCUCCGGAAAAAUAUCUCAUGACAAAAUAUCCCGAGAAAUGUUAGUUCAACUUUAACCUUUAUUAUAAGAGCUUGUGAUAAAAAGUUCAAUAAUUGCAUUUUAUCUCAAUGUGUCUUAUUAUCUUAAUCACGUGUAAUGUUAUUCUUUAUUUUAAUAAUGGUAUCGUGUGCUGUUUUAUUCCUAUUAUAUCGCGUAUCGUGAGCUAACCAUCUCAACUUAAAUUUAUUAAUACUUUUUUUAAAUUUUAAAUUCAAAAAUGCUAAAAUUUCUCCAAAGUGACGAAAAAAAUAAAUUAGCGUUGCACAGUUUAUAAAGUGAAAAUUAUUGACAAGAUGUUACACAACCACAGACGACUUAUCAGGUUUGUUGACUUACAAUUUAUUAAUUUUAGGACACAGAUUUUUAAAUGCCCGUGUCUUAGUUUUGCUUGUUCAUUAGCAUACACGUUUGCAUAUUUUGAAGUAAAUGUAUAUUAUAAAUGCAUAACAAUAAUAGUAUUUUUGUAAUCAUAUUUCGACAUGGAAUAUUUUUCCGGGUUUAUUUUCUCGUACCACCGUAACUAUUGCGUAUUGGUAACUAAACGGAUGAAUGUACACAAUGGGAAUGCACUAAAUUUAUUUUGGGAAACCAAAUAAAAUUUGCCAAGUCAACAAUUUAGUAGUUAACAAACAAUUUUAUUUAAUAAUUUAAUAUUUGAAAAAUGUCACUUAUUUAAAUAUUUAUUUUCGUACCAUAUUAAUGUAUUGCUAUUUUAAUAAUAUUGGUACACUUUAAUUUUGCAUGUAUAGAUAUUCAGUCGAGUUGGCGUUGAUGUAAUUACACUACCUUUGGUCAACAAACAACAUUAUGUCGUUUUUGCGGUUUGCUACUUAACAAACUUGUGUAUUGCUAGAUCCUUAGAAGACAAUACUGCAGAAUCCGUAGCUCAGUUUUUGUAUGAAAAAAUUUUAUGUAAAAAACCAUUGUCUGAAAUACAAAUAAGUUACAAAGGCAGACAGUUUUUUAACCUACUCAAAAUUGAACUCAAAUGUUGGACAGGCACUAAACCGUGCGUUACAACUGCAUACGGUCUUCCAGAGAAUGGAGUAGUUAAAAGUCUACACAGAACUUUAAAAAACACUUUGUUGCAGGUAAUUAUAUUAGAAAAUAAGUAAAUUUCAUUAACACAGCGUUGCAGGUUAUUGGUUUUCGAAAAAAAAAUAUGACUAAAUAAAUAAUUUUUAGCUCAAUAAGAAAAUUUAAUUUCUCUUUUCAUUGUGAAAUAGUCUAAACUUUAUUUUAAAUUUCGUAUGCCUAUUGUUUAGCGUUUGUAAUUUGAAUAAGUAUACAUUUUUAAUUUUAAAAUGGUAAUUCUCUCCCCCCUUUAAGCAUAAACUUGAAUAGAGAAUAUUUUGAAUAAUUUUGAUAUGCAUAACAUUAAACAUAGCCUAAACCUAACCUUGACGACUAGUAAUAUUACGUUUUUAAUUUAUUUAGAUUAAAAUCAAUAAUUACCUUAAAAAUAUACGUAUAUUUAUUGAUUUAAUUAAAUGAUUUUUUGGUUCAUCAGGAUGAUUUUUUUAAUUGGCCUGAAAUAUUAAUGGACAUACUUAAGGCAUACACACACACAGUUAUUGUUUCUGCCAAGUAUAAAGAAAUUUUUAAGAUUAAAUGCAGUAACGGCAAAGGUGAUAUUAAAUUCGAUGAUAACUGGGAUUUUGACGAAGAAAUAUUUAAAAAUAUACUAAACAAUAGAUUAAAAGGUAACACAAUAAUAUAAAAAAAAGCUGUCCUAGGAUAACGGGGACAGGUGCAUCUACUUUUGUAGGUAAGAAGUUGAAAAGGUAGGAUACAGAAAGGAAUUUAAUAUUGUUAAAUAUUGAUCCGAUUUUUCUAUUUUUUCUACGUUUAUUUCGUUUUUUCACUUGAGCUGGGAAAACUCUUUGGAAAAUCGGAAAACUACCUCCCUAAAGUAACUUGCCAGUCAAGUUUCCUUUCAGAAAAAUCUCUGUAAUUAUAAAUCGGACCGAAAUUGUUGGUAAAAAUAUUGUCCGCAGAAAAAAAUAAUAUUUUGCUAAUAUAUUUAUUUUUACUAAACAUUUUGUUCCGAUUAUUAACUUUAUGGGUGAUGGUUCCUAUACAAAAUAGGUAUCGUCUAGUAGUUACAAUGAGUUAGUUUUAGAUUCUGUGUGUGGAUGUAGCGAAGAACGUAAUUGUUUUACAAAGAUGUUUACUUUUAUUGUUUUAUCCCGUGUACAAAAAUUCUACCAGAAAUCUUGCUCCGAUAUGUACGCGUAGCACGAGCACCAUGUAGGAAAGUAAAUAUUGUUCGUAUAGUACUUUUGAGAGAUAUUUUUUUUGAUUUUCAAAGCGGUUUUCAUAAUAUCUAGGAUUCAAAAAUCAGCAUAAAACGUAAGAAAGCAGGAAAUUUACGAAAAUAAUAAUUUUAUUAUUAUUUCAGUUUUAUUUUUUAUUGUAAAUUAGUCAAAAAUAUCCGCAGAGACUUGAAAUUGGGCAGAAAACUUAUACUUGUUUUUUCUAGGUAUGGCAAAAUUUCCAAAAUAUUUGAGCUAUUUUAAAGUUUUUUAGAAAAAUUUUAAAACUUUUGUUAAAAUUCAGUUAAAAAUAUUCGUAUCAAUUUUAUAGAUUAAAAUUCUGAAAAAAAUUAUAUUUAAUCGAAAAAUACUCCUGGAUUUGUUGUCCAAACUUUUCUACCAGAAAUCAUGGUGUGAUGUAUCAAGUGUUUUUAUUUUCUGAAAUAAAAUUUUAUUUCCAUGAUUAUUUAGAGGGGUCACUUUUAGAUUUUUCAAGCGGUUUUCGUAAUAUUUGGGAAACACCGGAAUAAAAUGUUAAAAAAACGGAAAAUUUACGAAUUGUAGGUGUAUUAGUAAAAAAAUAUUAUGGUCUUUUUUUUCUGUGUACAAUUUUUCCAUCAGAAAUUAUGCUCCAAUUUAAAAUGAAAGCUCUUUUUUUGAAAGGAAAUCUGACUGGGAAGGUACUUUAAAAGGGUCAUUUUUCGAUUUUCCCAAGAGUUUUCCCAGCAAAUAUAAAAAACCGGGAUAAACGCAGAAAAAAACGGGAAAUUCGGUAGAAUAUUAAACAAAUAUUAUUAAAAAAAAUACAAAAUUCCCAUUUAAUUUUUUCUUAACAUAAUAUGACAUAUUUAAUGUUGUUAAAGCAUCAUUUUCUGAACUGCGCUCAGAAUCGUUUUUUCGUAAUCAAUGGCUUGUCGUGGCUUACAGAUGUACUUUAAAUUACCUAUAACAGUGUAUGCACUCGUCUUUAUUAUCCUAGGUCGUAUUUUUUAUUUUCUAUUUACUCUAAAUAUUGGGGGAAAAUCGAGAAAACGUCCAUUAUAUUCAAUUGUUUGUUUUGUUUUUUAAAUUCAAUUACAUUUCAAAGAUAAAUAAUACUGUAUAAGCUGGAAAUUGAACAGCAAUACAGCAAUAUAGCUUUUUCGAGCAAUGGUACGAUUUGUAAAACAUUUUAUCAAUUUGUAUACAUUUAAAGUUUUUUUAGGACUUUGUUAGACUUUUAUUUGGUUUUAUGUGAUAAAAAAUUGUUUUCGCCUAGUAUAAAUGCCCAAAAAUUCAACUUUUUAAAACAAAUAUUUUGUACUAGGUGCAUAUCAGAUAUUUAUUAUUAUUUUUGCAUGGGUUUAAAUUUAAAAUUUCGUCACACGUGUUCCAUUUCAAUUAAAUACCUGAUAGAAAUACUCUAAAAUUUCUGAAAAAUUAGUUGGGGGUACGGAUUCCCCGUGCGUUCACAUUCCUCAAUCCGAGCACGGCCCACAGACGGAAAACGGAUGCAAAAAACAUAGCUAUUAAUUAAUUUGUUUAAAUUUCUAAAUAAAUAAUAAUAUUAUAAUUUAGAUUUUUACAUUUUGUUUGUGUUUAAUAACUCAUUAAAUGAAAACAAAUGUCAUUUUCUGAUGGGAGUCUAUCGCCCGUGCGUUAUGUUAUAUGUAAAUUUUCAGCUUUUCCAAAUUUAAAAACAAACACUCAUGUACAUGUAUAUUGUUGUUUAGCGUUUAAGAAGGAAAAACAAUCUAUAAACAACCUAAGCAUAGACGUAGUUGGGUAUAACCACACUCAUUUGCAAAAUUUGCGACCGUAUGUAAAAUGCAAUUUUGAAUCGGAAGCGUAUUUCGAUCCCGAUGAUAAUAACGUCGUAAACCCAACAAAGCACCAAAAAUUCAUACCUGUAAACAAAAAUUGGAUGAAAACUCAAAUGAAAGCUUUUAAAAUUAAUUUAUCGGAUAGUGAUUUGGUUUGUAUUGCACAAACGUGCUCGAAGCCAUUAACAAAACCAAAGCGUAUCAUAGACGUUUUAGGCGACGGCAAUUGCUGGUAUCGAUGUAUUUCUCUGUGGGUAACAGGGUCAGAAAAAUACCACGAUGUUAUUAGAGCGGAAUUGUAUCAGGUAUUAUAAUAUUUUAUGCAAUUUUAAUAAUAUAUCGAAAUAACAUUAUUUUUGUGUCCUUGUUUUCAGUACGUGAUGAACAACAAGGACGUGUUGGGUUUCGCGGGUAAUGACUGGCAUAAAAAUAAUGAGCAGAUGAAUAAGAAUGGGACAUGGGUGGUUGACGUUGAAGUCUUCGCAACGGCACUAUUUUUGAAAACGAACAUAUACGUGUAUACCAAAUCGUGGUCUUGGCAGCUAUUCGGAGCACAAGGCAUGCACACAAAGGAAGUAGACCUGAUUAAUAAAAAAAGCAUUUAUAUCAUCAACUGUAAUUCAGAUCAUUUCAAAGUUGUAAUCGAUGUAAAUUAA